CACGGAUGUCUGUUUCUGCUGACAGUGGAGUGCUUGCCGCUGUGUAGAGCACCGACUUAACCGCGAAAUACCUUAAUUUAAUGUUCGACCACUUUGAUAUUUUUCCCGGCGGAGAGAGAGAUGGGCUCGGGGGCCGGGGAUUCGGCCCAGUGGCUGUCGGUGAAGGAAGAGACGAUUUUCCUUCAUGAUGGUCUGAUUCGGGUAACAGAUCUGGCUGAACUGCCGAGUGAAAUCGGCGUAUCCGAGCAGGGUGACACGGAGCAAGAGAUCCUGUCGUUUGAGAGUAAAAACGCGGCUGAGCUGGCCGAGCGUCUCCGUGCCAUUUGCGGUAACCAGAGCAACGCGUACGCCCGUCUGCUGGAGUAUCGUCUCAAUGCCCUGCGUGGCCUCUGGGGGGCGCAGCGGCAGCUGGCGCUGGAGGAGCAACAGGAGCGGGAGGGAGCGGGAGGUUCAGGAGGCAGCGAUGAGGAGGCGCUGUCUCUCCUCAAACGACAGGGCCUCCUGCAACAACAGCACCACCCUCCUCUGUCCACAGGACCAGAUCAGGCCCCCUUCACCUCCCGCGUCGGGCUGCUGCUGGUCUUCCCUCUCCUGCAGUCACAGACGCGUCAUGACCCCGGUCUGUGUGGGGUGACUGCGGAGGUGCUGCUGUCCUGCCUGCGCGACUGCCAGCCCCUCAGCCUGGGUAAGGAGCCCCCGGACUGCUUGAACGGUCUGGAGAACUUGCUCUGCUCCUGGCUGGAGGAAUCGGGAGAAGCGGGUGGGGCCGGACCCCUCCUCACACAGAGACAGCGAGAAAACGCGGCUGCCGCCCUCGUCGCUCUGGCCUGCGCCAGGGGUUCCCUGAAGACCUUCAUUCACACUGUUCACCUGCUGCAGAAGCAGAGAGACCUGGGGCAGCUGCCUGUGGCUGAUGUUCUGUACAGGCUCCUGGUUCUUGAAGGGGGUCCAGGUUCACCAUCCUGUUUGCUGGGAGGAAAACACUGUGUGUCGUGGGGCUUUGAAGAUAUGCUGCCUACCCCAGACAGCAGUGCUGCAGCCGCAGACAGCAAAGACUCUGAUGUGGGCCGGUGCCUGGCCUCUGAUGGCCUGUAUUUGUACAGCAGUAACUCGUGUGGUAGAGGUCUCAGUAAACUGGGCUCUGGACUCCAUGGCACUCUGAGGGGCUUUGUGUAUUGUCGUAAUGAGGAUCUGGAGGCGGGCUGGGUGGUGUACAGCAGUGGGCGUGUCCUCCAUCGGCCGGUCUCUUUUGAUGCCAAACCUCAGCAGCUCUGUCAAGUCAUUGACCCAUUUACCCUACAGGCGUGUCAGAUUGUAGCCAUGCCUCUACACCACGUGCCCGUGGGCAGUAACCUGACUACGCUCCGCCUCUGUGCCGACGGCACAUACCUGUACUGGAUCUGGUCACCAGUCAGCCUGAACGAAAAAACACAGAAAGGCCACUCCGUUUUUAUGGAUGUCUUCCAGCUCUCGACUCAGUCAGGGUUGUGUGUGGCCAACCCGCUGCAGGAAAGAGUGAUUCUGAGCAGGAAGGAGGGAGAGUCGUCAAAGUGUCUGAACGAUCUUCUGUUGUCACGAAUGUCGCGUUUCCGUGCGUCUCACUCAGCGACGCUGGCCGCCCUCACCGGUUCCACUAUCACCAACACCGUCAAAGAAGAACAGACUGUGAACACCAGCUGUGGUCUCCCUCUGAAGACCCUGAGGAAGACUCCCAUGUAUGUGUGUGGCACUUACCUGGUGAUGCUGGCGUCUCCGCCUGGCGUAGCCAGCAGCUCUGCCACACGAUCACUGUUUGGAGGCACAGGGGGUCUCUCCUCACUGAAGAUACUGGCCUCCAGCCUCGUAUUCAGUGUGGUUGAUGGACAGUUCGUCAGCCGUGCUGACCUCAUCGACGCCCCAGGCAGUUCUCUGGGGCGCGGGGCUCAGGUCACAGGGCUGGGGGCCUGUUAUGAUGCCUUGAACAAUGUGAUCUGGACGUGUUCCAGCGAUUACAUGGAUGAGUGGAGUAACCCUGGAAACCAGGCUUUCCAUCACGUGUGCCAACGACUGGGCGUGAGCCACAUCAUCACACAGCCCAAAGAGGAGAUGAUGGACACUGGUGAGGUCAUUAACCAGUUGCUUCAUCAUGUUGGUGCCAUGUGUAUCCACCAGUUGAACCUUCUGGCAUCCAGCAGUGCCACUCUGCCACUGGGCACUUUUCUGGGCAAGCAGCAGCCAAUAGAACCGGGUCAUUUCAGUGCCAUCUGUGAUAUCAUGGAGAAAGCCAUGGUGAACGGAGAUUCCUGCAUCAUCCGCUGUAUUCUGCUGGUCUUUCAGGUGGUAUUCCGCUUCUUUAACCCUCAGUCGGAUCAGAAUCGGGAGAGCGUGCGCCGUUCAGGCCUGUUACUGUGGCAGUUAUUGAUGGCUCCUGUGGAUCAGAUUGGACCUGAGAUUCAGAGAGAGGUGUGCCUGGCCAUCAGCUCUGGUUUAAAUAUUUUGUAUCAGGGAGAGUCAGAGCUGAACAGUCUGCUGAAGCUGGUUUUGACAGAGGGAGAUAGGAAUAGUGGUUUGUCCCAGUUGCGCGAUGUCAUAUUGACCAACCUCGCUGAGCAGCUACAGAAGAACCGCUUUGGGACUGACGAUGACGACCAUUAUCGGUUGACUGAUGAACUGCUGCACUGCAUUCUGAAGACGGUGGUGCGCGAGUCGUGCCUCCUCAUCACUAAAUGCCAAACUGUCAGCAAGGAUGAUUUCCAGAAGCUUCUGUCCACUGUUCCAGUGGCCUCACCAAGCUUGCGCUACCUCAUGGCUGUACAGAACCACCUGCUCAGCAACACCAUCCUUCUCCGGCCAGACGACAGUGAGGAUAGUGACAGCUCCCUCCAGGGGGAAACAAUGAAGGUACAGGAACUGCAGGCGAGUAUCCUGUCUUUAUCCAGUAAGAUCCUCCGUGGCUGUGAUGAGGUUUUGGAGACACUGCAGCAAGUCACCACAGCUCUGAUUAACAGUGACAUCACUGACAGAGAGAGCAGGUUGAGGGGGCUGGAGCAGGUAACUAAGGCGACCAUGCUGGGGCACCUGUUACCAGUGUUACUGACGUCUCUGAUGCAUCCGAACCUGCAGACUCUCACGCUCGCCGAUGUCCUUAUGCCUCAGCUCGUCCAGCUGGUUCUCUACACCAGCCAGACGGCUCUGCUCCUCAAGACGCAGUCUCCUCUUUUCUCAGACGGAUCUCCACUGGCUGGAGCUAGAGAUGCUAACUGUGCUGUAACUCCCAGUUUGCAGAUCCUGGAUGAGAGGGAAGAACCGGGGUUCCUGACAGGGUUGAAAAUUCCUGCCCCGUGGGCUGCUGGGAAGACAGUGGAGACAGUGCAUCCUGUGCGUGAUAAUUAUAAAUUUAAAGAGACAGUGCACAUCCCCGGAGCUCGCUGCCUGUACCUGCGCUUUGAUCCACGCUGCUCCUCUCAAUACGACUAUGAUAAGCUGGUGAUUUACGCAGGUCCAAACACUAACAGUCGGAAAGUGACGGAGUAUGGAGGAAACACUCUCGGUUAUGGCAGCCGCAGUGUUCUGGGAACAGGCUGGCCCAAAGACCUUGUCAAGUGUACAAAUACUCUCUCUCUUUUGUUGUUUAUUGUGUUUCAGGUGGAGGGGGACACGGUGACAUUUUCCUUUGAGAUGAGAAGUGGUCGUGAGCACAACACACCUGAUAAGGCGAUGUGGGGUUUCUCAUGCACUGUCAGAGCUCAGGAGUGCUCUGAAGACGUGUCGUGUGGUUUGCCGUUCCUGGCUGAUUUGGCUCUGGGCCUGUCGGUGUUGUCCUGCUCCAUGCUGCGGAUCCUGUAUAACGGCCCAGAGCUCACUCCGGAGGAGGAGGCGUGUCACAACCUGCUCUGCUCCAAACUACUGCAACGGUGUCAGUGGCAGGUGGAGGCUAACGGUGCUCUGUCUCCUGCCCUUACUCCCUCCCCGUCUCCUCUUCCUCUGACCAUUGAUGAAGAUCUUGAGUUUACGUACCCGUCUGAUGUACUGAUUCCUCCGCCGGGCCUCGCCGCAGGGGCGUACAGCGACCUGCCACGCAUACGCCUGCCCCCGGGCAUUAUGGGUCGCCUGAGAGAACUGUCAGGAAGGGCGCGCCCACAGUUUCGCCCGAGCAUCAAAGAGGUGAUUUGUCCUGAUGUGAUGGAGGAAGUCAUCGUGUCGUGUGUGAUUAAACACCUGUCUCUGGUGGAUGCUCUUCAGUCACUGGUGAAUUUCCAGUACAGAGAGGAACACACAGAGGAGUAUGACUUGCUGUGUAAAAUCAUGUCUGAAACUUUCAAAAAGAUCAACGCCAUGGAGAGACAGCUACAGAGUGUGGCUGAGUUGGAGCAGAGAUGGCAGAAUGAGGUGGAGGAGGCCCAGCAGGGCAAACUAGAGAACGAUGCUCCAUUCUUCCAUGACUAUCACUUCUAUGAGAAUAAGGUGAAGGAGUUGGAAUUGCUGUGUUCACUGAAGGAGGUUCCUGUUGACUGGUCUGACGUGGAGAAUGUAGUCCUGGCCCUGAGGGAGAAGUUUUUCCAGGAGGUGAGCUGUUUCCAGGGCAGGGGGUGUGUUCCUCUCAUGAAAACUAAGACUCUGGUCAAAAGUCUGAUGAACCGAACGGAACUACUGCUACAUGUCACUAUUACACCACACCGCAACCUCACUGUGGCAGGUAACACACUCAACCCAUACACACCAGCCUGUAAGUCUGUGUCAGAUGCGAAGGCCUCCGUUGCCGUGGUGAAGCAGCCAGUUUUCCUGCGCAGCAUGUCUGCGCCCUCUGACCUGGAGAUGAUUGUCAGCCAGGACCUAGAGUUCACACACACCACACAGAGGCGGCGCCACCAUCCCACCAGUCACCGGAGCAGCUCCUUCACUCUGCUGCAGUCUCUGACCAUGGAAGACACCAGAGACAAACCCACCUACAGCGUUCUACUGGGCCAGCUUUUUGCUUUUAUAGGGACGACACCAGACCAAGCUGUAUCCAGCAGUAGUUUUCUGAGUGCAGCCCAGACUCGUUGGAGACGGGGGAGUACGCGGAGACAGGCUCUGGUUCACAUGAGAGAACUGCUCACUGCUGCAGCCAGAGUGGGCGGAGUCACACACCUGGUGGGACCUGUCACCAUGGUGCUACAGGGUGGGCCCAGGAUAGAGGAGCUGACAUGUGGAGGUAUGGCGGAGCAGGUCCAGGAGGCGUUUGGAGAAACGAUGAGCUCAGUGGUGUCUCUGUGUGCUCGCUACCCCAUCGCCUGCUCCAGCAGCAUCGGGCUGCUCUGCACUAUACCCUACACCAGGUGUGAGGAGCAGUGUUUGGUGAGGAGUGGACUGGUGCAGCUGAUGGACAGACUGUGUAGUUUGAGCAGUCAGAGAGACUGUAACACCUCCAAUGACAAACAGACCAAAAAACAGAGAGUGGCCACCAUGGCCUGGGCAGCAUUUCAGGUCCUGGCCAAUCGCUGUAUCGAAUGGGAGAAAGAGGAAGGCACCUCCACCGAUGCAGUGCAUUCUGGGUUAGCGCGGCAGGUGUCCAGCCUGUUGACCAAUCACCUUGCAAGGGCGACAGAAUGCUGCGGUAACCAGGCGUCGGGGAACGACGCGCUGCAGGACGUACUCAGCCUGCUCAACGACCUGUCCAGGAGUCACAUAGGCAAAGCCAUCCUCAGCCAGCCGGCCUGUGUGUCCAAGCUACUGUCCCUGCUGCUGGACCAGCGUCCGUCUCCCAAACUGGUGCUGAUAACUCUGCAGCUGUGCCGUGCCGCUCUGCCGCUCAUGAGCGUGGAGGACUGUGGGAAUGUGGCGCUGCCGUCGUGGAGUUACUCCAUGAGCACUCUGGACUCAGACCAGCAGGAUGCCAGCGACCCGGCCUCCCGCAUCGCCGCUCUCUUACUGGCCAAACUGGCCGACUACGUGGUACCAGGGUGUCAGACUCUUUUAUCUCCCAGCUCGUCAGAGCCAGACACCAGUCUGCUGCGCUCCUGCCCCAAGACGUCUGUGAAAACAGACAAAGAUGGUGCAGAGGAGAGUGAAGCUGUGGGUGGGAAACUCUCCAUCUUCAUCCAUAAGAGAGAGGACCAGUCCUCGCAUGAGGUGCUGCAGCCGCUGCUCAGUAGUUCAGAGGGUCGACCGUUCCGUCUCGGCACAGGAGCCAACAUGGAGAAAGUCGUAAAGAUGGACCGAGACAUGACCAAGAGCGGUUACUGUGAGGUGGUAACGGAAGAGGCGUCAGCUGCCCUGCGUAAAGCCACUAAAUGGGCUCAAUCUGGGCUGAUUGUGAGCGUGGGUCCCCCAGUGGAGACUGUGGUCCAGGACGGCGCCGGGGGAGUGACGACAGGAGACAAGAAGAAGAGUGCUCAGACCGCUGUGUGCAGAGACAGGAACGCAGAACUGGCCAGGUCAGACCCAGUGCGUCCAUUCAUCAGUGGGCAUGUCGCUAACAGCAUGGCCGCUGAAGUUAUUGCUCUAUUACACAGUCUCCUCACGGCACCAGAGUCCAACACCGCUCAGAUCUGGACCAGUACCGCUGAAAAGGUGCUGUCGCGGGCCCUCAUGUUCAUUCCCCAGCUGGGGCGCUACGCUGAGAGCAUCCUGGAGACCGGCAGCAGCAGCGGCAGGAAACUGGCCAAACUGCAGGCCAUCGGGAGACAGGCCAUCGCCGCUCUCUGUGCCCUGGGAGGGUUUAAAGAGACCAUCAAAAUAGGCUCAGAGGUCCAGGUGGUGGGUAAGGGGAUCCAGGGCAGUGUGGGUGUGGUCAUGUCCAUUAAUGAGCAGGAGGGCAUCGCCACAGUGAAGUUCCCGUCCUGUGAAUACCGCAGAACCUCCAAAGCUUCAGAUAUCCUAACUGUGCCUAUCUCACGCCUCUGCACCCCCCGAUCUGAGGCUCUGCCGCUGUAUAAGCUGUCUAUCACAGAGAAGGUGGUGCAGGCGGUGCAGUCCAUGUUGCUGCCACAGGAGGGCAGUCUGUCCAUUCACACGUCCCUGCCGGCCUCAGGGGAUGGAGCCAGUCCUGUCAUGGCCGCGGUGCGGCUGCUGGCCGAGAUUCGGACCAGGGCGUGUCUAGUGAUGGCUCAGCUGCUGGAAGACAGUUCGUUUUGUGAGGAGUUUAUACAGCACUGUCCUGCAGCUGUGGAGGUUUUAAACCUGGUGGCUCAGGAGUGCAGCCCAGGCGAGAGGCUGGUGAUGGUGGAGUCUCAGUGUGAGCGUUUGAGGAUGCUUUAUCGGGAUUGUGCCCGUCCUCCACCCCCGCCCCUCCACACCGACAGGAGACAGCCUAAGGAGAUCACAUGGUGUCCAGCUCGAGUGUUCCCACCGGUCCGUGCCUGCAUGUUCUCCUCUCACCUGACCUCAGUGACCUUUCUUGCCGAUCCCAGUGCUGGAGGAGGGUUACCCAGGGGCACGUGCAUCUACGCCACGUCACCUGUGCCCAUCCAGGCCCCGUCUUUUUACUGGGAGAUAGAGAUAGUGUCAUACGGCGACUCUGAGGAUGACAGUGGCCCCAUUGUUUCCUUUGGUUUUGCCACUGAGGCAGAGAAGAGAGAUGGUGCCUGGACCAACCCUGUGGGCACCUGCCUGUUCCAUAAUAAUGGAAGGGCAGUACAUUAUAAUGGUUCCAGUCUGCUGCAGUGGAAGAGUGUGAGACUAGACGUAGUUCUGCUUCCUGGUGAUGUUGCUGGGAUUGGCUGGGAGCGCUCUGAGGGCACACCCCCUCCUCCUGGACAUGCCCCCAAAGGGCGUGUGUAUUUCACAUACUGUGGGCAGAGGCUCAAUCCCUGCCUGGAGGACGUGUCUGGUGGCAUGUGGCCACUGGUCCACAUUCAGAAAAAGAACACGAAGAUCCACGCUAACUUUGGCAGCCGCCCCUUUGCAUAUGCCGAGGGUCAGGCCCACAGGAAUGCGGCUGACCUGUGUGUUGACCUGUCUGAGGAAAUUAGUGCCAACUUCGAGGCUCUGCCCUUUGCCAUGGCAUCAGACAGUGAUAAUGACGCCUGUGCCAGUGUGGCAUCUGACCCCGGGUCCCAUGGUCCACCCUGUCGCAUCGCAGCUGUCAGCAGUGCCCAGCAACAGUACAACACAGACUCUUCUAGUCUCUAUAAAAUGGAACUGAGUUACGAUAACCUUGUGACCUCUGGCCCUGAACCCCACCCCCCUCCCAUCGCUGAUGAUGAGAGUGAUGAUGAGGAUGACGAAGAUAUGCCAAGGGAGGAUCACUAUGCUCUCUUGGUGAAAGCGUGGGAAACAAAAGUCUUCCCGACUAUUCGACGGCGUUUCCGCAACGAGGCCGAGAGGAAGUCUGGCCUGGACCAGAUCAAAGGAGCUUUGCAGCUGGGAAUGGUGGACAUUGCGAGGCAGACAGUAGAGUUCCUGUAUGAGGAGAAUGGAGGGAUUCCCCGUGAUCUUUACCUCCCAACAAUCGACGACAUCAAAGACGAGGCCAACAAGUUUACUGUCGAUAAAGUCCGCAAAGGGUUGACUGUGAUUAUUCGGAGCCCUGACAGUAAUAACAGCUCGGCAGGAGCGACUGCCCUGCCCCGGUUUGCCAUCAGAGGGAUGCUGAAGACCUUUGGGCUGCAUGGCGUGGUUCUGGACGUGGACUCAGUGAAUGAACUGGUACAGGUAGAGACAUACUUGCGUAGUGAGGGCGUGUUGGUGAGAUACUGGUAUCCUAUAGAGAUGUUAGAGCGCCCCCCUGCAGGCUCACGAAGAACUGCAGCCAACGGCCUGGUCUCUCUGGACAGCAGCAACAUUCAAAUUCACAGAGAGUUGCUGCGGUGUGAGAGUGCCCUGGCACGCCUGUACUGUCGUAUGGCUCUGCUCAAUAUUUUUGCCCCAAAGAAUCCCCACACCUUCACACGGCUCUUCCACAUUCCCGCCGUCCGUGACAUCACGCUCGAACACCUGCAGCUCCUGUCCAAUCAGCUGCUGGCUCCGCCCCUACCAGACGGGACCAUCAGCUCCAGUUCGGUCCUGUUGGCUCAGUCGGUACUGCACGUCCUACAGGCCCAGAGCUGCUCUCCCACAGAGCUGUUUUAUCAGGGAAAUGCCCAGACCAUCAGAGAGUGGCUGACAGUGGCCAUAAGCAGAGCUUUACACCAGGGUGAGGACAGCCUACUGGAGCUCACCAAACAGAUCUGCUGCUUCCUGCAGAAUGCUCCAGAGCCUUUUUCGUCAGAGGAAUUCCCAGUGACGGAGGCAAAGGUCAACAUGGACGUGAACUUCCCAGGAGCAGCGUUUGUCAUUGUGUCCUGUAAAGAGAGUCAGCUGGGAUGCCGCAAAGACCUGAGUCUGUAUAAGGCUCCGUGGGCCAGGGUGAUGGUGUAUGGCUUAGGUCAUAAGGUCCGGCGUAAUGGCCAGCUGAAUCUGAUGGAGGCCGUGUGUUACCCGUUGGAUGCUUCUCCAUCAAACACAGGACUCACACCUCCACCCACCACCAACCAGUACCCCUCCGUCAUCAUCCCCACGGACAGAGUCCACAUCAGACUUGGAGUAUCGCCUCCUCCUGGUGCAGUUCUGGUACUGCACUCCCUGCCGCUGGAAUUCCCAUUGGCACUGGCGUUUGCAGAGCAGCUGCUGAGCUGGUCUCUGAGUGACAGCAGCGAGCGCUCAGACGAUGAGCUGGACACGGUCCCUUCUUCUGCACUGCUUCAGGUUGUAGAGCUUCUCGGCGGGUUACUGUGGUCCACUGACCUGGCUCCCUGCAUUAAAGAGCUCACCUUCCACCUGCUGGCAGAACUCUUCCGUAAGAUCCAUGAACUGGAGCAGAGAAAGGGUCCGUCGGGUCUGUCUAGUUCUAUUGGGCUGCUGCUGAACCCGUGUCUGGCCGUGCUGAUGGCCCUGCAGACGGAGCUCAGGAAGCUGUACGACCGUGAGAUUCAGGGCUGGGCGCUGAGUGGAUCGACCUCCUCGACGGCCUCCUCCUCAGCGGGGAGCGGAGCGUUAGUGUUGGCCGGAGAACAAAGCCGAUUCUCCACUUACUUCCACGCCCUCAUGGAGGUUUGCUUGGCGGUCGCCGAGGUAACACUGCCCCUCAACGUGGGGGGCGGAGCCUCGAGCGUCGGCGCUUUAUCCUCGACUAGCGCUCCGAGCCUGAGCGACUCCUCGUCUUCGUCUUCAUCCUCCCCUGGUCAGACGCCCCAGAGUCCCAGUCUGCUCUCCAAACGGAAAAAAGUUAAACUGAAGCGCGAGAGAGCAGCGGCCGCCGUGGCCGCCGCAGCAGUGGCCUCUGGGAAACGCGGUCCCGGCAGCGGCGGGCGCCUGUCGGAGAGCGACGGGACUCUGCUGAACAUGGCGGGGGGGAAGCCUGAAGACAUGCUGUGGUUUCACCGCGCGCUCACCCUGCUGAUGAUCUUACGCCACCUGACCAAUAAAGACCCCCAGGGUCUGGGCGUGACCGGCGACGCUGUGGCCGACGCCAGCCAAGCUCUGCUGGGUCCCACGGCUCACGGACGCCUGCUGGUCCUCUCUGGCAUCCCAACUCACCUGGAGGAACCUGUGGUGCGCAGCGCGAUCCGCAGGGCAUGCAACUCUCAUGGCGGUCUGUUCAAGGAUGAGAUCUUCAUCCCCCUACAAGAGGAAGACCCUAAAAAAGUGAAAGGUGUGGCAGGGGGGCCAGGUACUGUUCAGGACAGCAGGGCUAGCGCCCCCCCCGCGGGCACGGCCGAGAGUCCCGACAGCUCCAGCAGCGCUACGCCGGCCAUGAGCGUCACCGCCUCAGCCUCCACCAGCCAAACCUCGAUCUGCAGCUCCUCUCAGGGAGCGUCCCGCACGGCCAGCGAAGCGUCCGGCGAUCAGGAGCCGGUCGCUACCCCCACGGCCCCCCCGUCCACGCCCGGCCCCCCGCAGGGCCCCGUGGAGCCCCACACCGCGUCCAGUCAGGAGAGUCUGGACGUGUCCGUGUGCAGCACCGCGAGCCUGGCUAGUCUGGGCAGUCUGGGAGAACCAGUCGACAGCACAGAGACCGCGUCUGUGUCAGACGGAGGCUCCGUGUACACGGUCACGUCACUGGACAAUAACAGCAGUUUAGUUCGACCCAUCAAAGGCUAUGCUGUCAUAGAGGUUCGAGCCCGGGCUAAAGUAGAGAAGAUUCGUGCCAGCCUCUUCAACAGCAGUGACCUGAUUGGUCUGUCCAGCCUGGAUGGGGAGGAGGAGCUUAUGGAGAUGACCAAUGAGGAGAUCCUGACAGCCUCCAGUGUGAACCAGAGCCUGUUUGACACUCAGGGAAGCUCCGCCCUCGAGGACUAUUUUCUGGAUAAAACCAUCAGAGGGGAUAAGCUGCUUCCGGGCGCACGGGAUGUUUUGACAGACAUCUUUAAAAGCUGCGUUCACUCUGAGCAGGUGCUCAGUUUAACUCCAGCCAAACCCAUCAAAGUGUCUGACAUUUACCUCAGCAAAGAACAAAUCAACUCUCAGACCCCUGGCAACCUACUACACAUCUUCUUCACUCAUGUACGACCGCCCAAAAAAGUACUGGAGGACCAACUGACACAGAUUCUGCGUAAAUAUGGGGCCACAAAACCAUCCAAGAGUAAGAUGAAUAAAGGCGGGAAAGAGCAGCACCAGGGGAAGGUGGUCAGCACCAAGAGACCCAUCACAAAACCACCCACUAAAGAGAGGUCUGUACUCAGCACCGUCAGUGAUGAUGUCAUAUGCAGGACUGCUCUAAGUGAGAAAAAAACCGUUCUAAAGCCAAAAUCCCCUGAGAAAACCCGACCUGAUGACAAAGACCAAGACAAGUCUCCCACCAAGAAGUCUGAAGUGCCAGAGGAGAAGUUUCUCACAUUGGAAGGUUUUCAUAAGUUCAAUGUGGACCGAGCCAAACAGGAUAUCCGCAGUGUGUGGAGAGCCAUCCUGGCCUGUGGUUACGACCUCCACUUUGAAAGAUGCAGCUGUGUCGACAGUCGGCAGGCUCAGAGGGCGAGCAGGAAGUGGACGUUGGAGAUGGACAUUGCUUUGGUGCAGUACGUUAACCGUUUGUGCAGACACCUGGCCAUCACACCUGCAAGACUGCAUCCUCACGAGGUUUACCUGGAUCCCCCCGACGCUGCUGACCCGCGGGCUGCCUGCCUGCUGGGAGUGCCAGUUGAGAGUUUGCGUCUGCGGUUUGCUCUGCUGCAGUCACUGAAUAACACCCUGGAAAGUUUCUUCCUGCCUUUAGUGGAGCUCAGACAGACACACACUUACCACAACAGCAUCUCAGCCCUGCUACGGGAGGCUAAAGGCCUGGUGUUUUACGACACUAAAGUGUGUGUGAUGAAUAGAGUGCUGAAUGCAACGGUGCAGCGCACAGCUGAUCAUGCAGCACCAGAGAUUACACUGGACCCACUGGAGAUAGUGGGGGGGGAGGUGCGGUCCUCUGAGAGUACAUACUUCUGUCAGGCGGCUCGUCAGCUUUCCUCGGUUCCCUCGUCUCAGCUUUGUGUCAAACUGGCCAGUGGAGGAGACCCUACGUAUGCCUUCAAUAUCCGCUUCACUGGAGAGGAGGUCCACGGAACCAGUGGUUCAUUCCGUCAUUUCCUGUGGCAAGUGUGCAAAGAGCUGCAGAGUUCUGCCCUCCCUCUGCUCAUCCCCUGCCCCAGCUCAGCAGCCAAUCGAAACAAGGGGAAGUAUAUCUUGACUCCCUGUCCCAUUAGCUACACUGAAGAACACUUGCUGCACUUCUUUGGCCAGCUGCUGGGUAUUGCUAUCCGAGCAGACGUGCCUCUUCCACUGGACCUACUGGGAUCGUUCUGGAAAGGUCUAGUGGGAGAGCCACUGGACCCAGAGUCGGAUCUACAGGAGGCUGAUAUACUCACAUACAACUACAUCAAAAAAUUUGAGAAUGUGAAGGAGGAAUGUGAGUUUGAGGCUCUCUGUGCUGAGAUCUCAUCUCAGGGUCACGUGAGUGAGAGCCCAGACUCUCCCAGCAGGCCCUGCUGCACCUUCACCUACGUCACUCUGACUGGAGAGGAGGUGGAGCUUUGCCCUGGGGGUCGCAACAUCACCGUCAGCUGGGAGAAUAAGGAUGUGUAUGCGAGUGCGGUGCGAGAGCUGCGUCUGCAUGAGCUGCAGAAUGACGAGUGUAUGACAGCUGUGAGGGCGGGGCUUGGCUCCAUUAUUCCACUGCAGCUCCUCACAGUCCUCAGCCCCCUAGAGGCAGAACUGCGCACCUGCGGCCUUCCCUACAUCAACCUAGAGUUCCUCAAGGCUCACACUAUGUACCAGGUGGGCCUGAUGGAAACGGACCAACACAUUGAGUAUUUUUGGGCAGCACUGGAGAUGUUCAGUCAGGAGGAGUUGUGUCGCUUCAUAAAAUUUGCCUGUAACCAGGAGAGGAUCCCCUUCACCUGCCCCUGUAAGGAUGGGGGUCCAGACACAGCACACGUGCCCCCAUAUCCCAUGAAGAUUGCCCCCCCAGACGGAACUGUGGGCUGCCCAGACUCGCGCUAUAUCCGUGUGGAGACCUGUAUGUUCAUGGUCAAACUGCCCCAGUACUCCUCUCUGGACGUGAUGCUGGAGAAACUUCGCUACGCCGUCCAUUACCGGGAGGACCCUCUCAGUGGAUAAACACACGGUCUCCUCCAGUCAGACCCCCCCAGCCGAUAAACACACACGGUCUCCUCCUGUCAGACCCCCCCAGCCGAUAAACACACACGGUCUCCUCCUGUCAGACCCCCCCCAGCCGAUAAACACACACCCUCAUUCUGUCAGGCCCAAGCACCCAGGUCUACUGCCUUACCACACACACACACACAGGCCUAACAGUGUGUUUCAUGCAGUGGGCUGUGAUGUGUGUGUGUGUGUGA